CUUACGUACAUGUUUUAUUGAUCAGCCGCUGAAGGAUAUACCAGUUUAAUAAUCUUUUAGAUUUCUCUCUCUCUGCCUCCCAGUCUCAGGCAGAUGUUUUGUGAUGUAUAGUUUCCAUCGAAAUAUAAACUGUAUUUCAUCGAAGUGUCCAUCGAAAGAUAGACACACAAUUGGUAGGAGCAUAUUUUUUUUGCUUUAUACCGAAGGCUUUUAUUUUGCAAUUUGUCACAUACCUUGACAAAUUCACUUGUACAACUGGCAAGAGUAAAAAAGAGAUAGAAAAUUAUGAUUCGUGAAAAUCCGCUUAAUCGCAUGGCGAAAUUUAUGCUCACUUUAAACGGCGUUUGGCCAGGCGCAUCGACUGCUUUAUUCUGGAGAAUGGUUUUCAUAGUUUCAAUACCAUUUGCUCAAUACUGUCAUUACCGUUAUCUUAAGGCGCAUAUGCAUUCUAUUACAAUUGGAGACUUCAUAGACUGCCUGUCCAGUUUUAUAGCACAUUGCAAGGUGCUUUUUAAGUGCCUUGUGUUUUGGUUAAAUCAACGAAAAUUCAUCGAAGUCUUGGAAGUGAUGCGAGAGGAUUGGAGUGAUUGUGCUAAUAACGAUAUCUGCAUGCGCGAGACAGUGAGGAAAGCAAAAGUAUCGGAACGUGUUACAAAAGUGAUGAUGAUCCUUCACACGACAACGAUUGUUACAUAUUCCAUCGGUACCAUCCUGGCCGAUAUCGAUGUCACCAAUAACACGACGGAAUUACUUUUCUACACUAAGGUUGAAUUUCCCUUCGACGUAAACACGCAACGCACAUAUAGAUUUAUUUUAGCGAUAGAUUUCUUCUUUUUGCUCAUGUGUUCCUGGUGUGCUGGUAUAAUGAAUACUUUGUUAUUAAUUCUGACCAUACAUGUAGCUGGCCAAAUCAAUAUUGUGCGUCACUGGUUAAUGCAGCUUGCAUCCCCCGAAAAUAAAAGCAAAAAUGUAUCAAUCGCAACAACUAAAAUUAUUCAAAAGCAUCAAAAGAUUAUACGUUUUACGGAAAAUAUCGAAAGCCUUUAUACAUACAUUGCACUGAUGCUAUUUGUGUCAAAUAUGAUAAUGAUCUGUUUGUUAGCUUUCGUUGUCGUAACGGCAAUUGGCAGCCCUAAUGCGACAGAGGUAAUAAUGAGAUCACUUUUAUUUUACAUUAUCACAAACUUCGAAGCAUAUAUAUUCUGCUACGCUGGAGAAUAUUUGAAAAAUAAGAGCAAAGAAAUUGGUUUUGCGGCGUAUAGUUGUUCAUGGUAUAAUAUGAAAUGUGAGAAAACUCGUACUCUGUCAUUUGUCAUAUUAAGAUCGCAAAAGCAAUUAACAUUUACAAUUGGAAAAAUGAUGGAUCUAUCCAUGCAAUCUUUUACUAGUAUUAUGAAUACAUCGGGAUCAUAUCUGUCGGUAUUAUUAGCAAUGCAGUAAACGUUACUUACAUAACACAUGGAUUUUUAGUAGCAGUCAAAAAUCGUUAUAGGCUUUUCAUACAUCAGUAGUUCUAGAAAUUCAUUGUAAUACAUUUCUCCAAGUAUAAAUAUGGGACAUUAGUCUACAAAUCUAGCUUUUUCUAACAUUACAACAUAUUGUAAUGUAAUAUCGAAUUUCACAUGAGUAUUAUAUAUAACGUAGUAUGUAAAUAAUAAAAUAAAUAAAACAAUUUCAAA